UUAUGAUCUUCUCUGAAUUGAAAUCGUAGGAGUGGCAACGGUUCUUGUUCUAUAUUGAAGUGAUUCGAAAUUCACAUUGAGGAACAGCAUUUAGAGGAGAAUAAUGAAGAAACCUGAAAACGAUGAUACAGUUUCUGCAACUGGCAGAAGAAAUGAUAAUCAAUCUGCAAAUUCCAACAUGAAGAAAGGAUCGUUUCAAUCAAACAGCGUCAAGGUAUUAAGCUUAAUUAUGCAAAUUGAUUAUCUUGAAGUGCUGCCAUUUUAGUGCUUUUUGGAGUUUUGAUUCAUGUUGUGUUGUGGCUUAGUUGGAUCUAUAUCAAAGAACCUUCAAUAUAUAUGGUUGAUUGAGCCUUAGGUAUGGAAAAAUUUGGUGUCCGGAGAGGCAUGCCAACUGAAGAGGAUACCGAUGGUUCCGACGAAGAAAAUAGUUGCCUAUCAUUGCAAGAUUCACAUUUUAAUUUCUAAGGUGUAACACUAGUUUUCUUUAUAGAUGGUGAUUCUUUCUUGCUUUUGGAGAUGUUUACUUGCUAGGGAAUCGUUCUGAUGGCAAGACUCAAAUGAAUAACAUUGUUAAGAUUUUAAAUUCCAGCAGCCAACCCAGCUGCGCGUUCUGCAUUGAUAAAAGAAGUUGCCGUGUGGUACGCUCGAAAACAAAGGUAAUGAAUUUUCUGAUAGAGAGAGGAAAAUCUCAGGAAGCUAUUCCCAUGUUUGAAAAUCUGAUUGUAGAAGGGCACCAACCAUCUCUAGUAACGUACACAACCCUUUUAAAUGCCUUGACCAAUCAAAAGUGCUUCAAGCCUAUACAUUCUAUCGUCUCACAAGUGGAAGCAAAACACAUGAAGCCCGACCCGGUAUUUUAUAAUGCACUUAUAAAUGCAUUUGCUGAAUCCGGUAACAUGGAUGAUGCCAUGAAAACUGUCCAAAAGAUGAAAGAGAGUGGACUAAGACCAACCACUAGCACUUAUAACACAUUGAUAAAAGGGUAUGGUAUUAUAGGUAAGCCUGAUGAAUCGACGAAGUUGCUAGAUCUGAUGUUGGAAGAUGCAAGGUUGAAACCAAAUCUCAACACAUAUAACAUGCUUAUCAGAGCAAGGUGUAAGCUGGAGAAUAUAUCAGAGGCCUGGAAUGUGAUAAAUAAGAUGACUUGUUCGGGAAUGCAACCAGAUGUUGUUACUUUCAAUACUAUAGCAACAGCUUAUGCUAACACAGGACAGACUGCUCAGGCCGAAGCGAUGAUUUUAGAGAUGCAGAGGUAUGGUUUGGAACCAAACGAGAGAACUUGCACAAUCAUCAUAACCGGAUACUGUAGAGAAGGCAAAGUAAAGGAAGCUCUUAGGAUUAUGUAUAAGAUGAAGGAUCUGGGCCUGCAGCCAAAUCUUAUUGAAUUCAACUCCCUGAUUAAUGGCUUUGCGGGUGUGAUGGAUAGAGAUGGUGUUGAUGAGGUUUUAAAGUUGAUGGAGGAAUUUCAUGUUCGGCCAGAUGUGGUUACAUAUAGUACAGUAAUGAAUGUAUGGAGCCAAGCUGGAUUCUUAGAGAAAUGCAAACAAGUUUACGAUGACAUGUUGAAAUCUGGUAUAAAACCAGAUAUACAUGCUUAUAGUAUUCUUGCUAAAGCUUAUGUUCGAGCGCAAGAAGCAGGAAAGGCAGAAGAACUGCUGAAUGCGAUGGUCGAAUCAGGCAUCCAACCAAAUGUUGUUUUGUUAACAACUAUCAUAAGUGGAUGGUGCAGUUCUAAAAGAAUGGACAAUGCUGUCAGAGUCUUUGACAAGAUGCGUGAGUUCGGUAUUUCGCCAAAUCUUAAGACCUUUGAGACGCUUAUCUCAGGGUAUGCUGAAGCAAAACAGCCAUGGAAUGCAGAAGGAAUGCUCCAAAUAAUGGAAGAUUUUCACAUUCCACCCAAGAAAUCCACAAUCAUGCUUGUUGCCGAUGCUUGGCGAAUGGCUGGAUUAAGAGAAGAGGAAAAUAGGUUGCUAAGUACCAUAAAAAGACUGAAAACCAAGAAGAUGCCGAAUUCGACAGAGGAAGAUGACAAUAUACCAGUUGAAAGCUUGGAUAAAAUUUACGAAAAGCCAUUUACUAGUGUUCCCUUCUGUGGUCUCUUACAGAUCCCAUCUAUAGGUUUCAAUGAUCAUAAAGCUUCGGCUUUCGCGACUAGAAGGAACCGAAGGCUUCUUAGAGAUGGUGAAUUGGAGACUUCACUUCUCACAGCAAGGUUUAAGCGUCAUUCUCAAAUGUAUAGAUUGGGAGAAGGAUUUUCCAUCAUGUGCCAAAAGCAGUUUCAAUGUCAACAUGGUACAUACCAACUUGCAAAUUCAUGUACAGCAGUAUUCUACUAAAAGAAUUGGUGAGGUUCAGGGUGAACAUUUUUUCUUUUUUUUCUUCCUUUUUUUUUUUAAAUUUUCAAUGUAAUUACAUUCUUACGCUCACGCAGCAAAAGUUGUGUUGUUAAACAAACUACCUCAUCACAAUUGCUUGUUUUUCAUUCUUCAACUUUAAUUCUUUAGGUUCUAC